CUGGAGCUUUGCUUGGGCUUCUCCUGCCCUACACGGAACGAACCUCCAAGCACGCCAUGGAACUGGGCGAGCUGCAACGGCAGCUGGCGCCCACUGGAAAGUUGAGGGCUGGCAUCAACCUGGCCAAUUUCCUGCUGGUCACUGGCAGGGACCCGGAGCCGGCAGGUGUCUCCCCAGAUGUGGCUGCGGAGAUCGCCAAGCGCUUGGGGGUGGAGGUGCAGUACGUGGCCUUCAACCACCCCAAGGAGCUGGCCGAUGCUGUGGAUGCCGGAUCAUGGGACAUCGGGCUGGUGGGUGCUGAGCCGCAGCGGGAAGCCAAGAUUGCCUUCAGCGCGCCCUACGCAGACAUCCCUGCUAUGUACCUUGUGCCGGGUGAGUCCAACUUGACCAGAAAGGCGGAGGUGGAUUCCCCGGGAGUGCGCAUUGCCAGCGUUGGGGGAUCAGCCUUUGGGCUUUGGCUGGAGAAGAACAUCCAGAAUGCCACCCUGCUGCAGGUCCCUACUAUGGACGAAGCAUUGGAGCUGCUUGUGCAGGGCAAGGUGGAUGUCCUUGCAAGCCUCAAGGAACGUCUCCUCUCCGAUGUGCAGCGGGUGCCUAAGGGGAGGAUCCUGGAGGGCAGCUUCAUGACGGUGAGACAGGCCGUGGGCACGCCGCGGAGCCGCGGCCCGGAAGUGGCCCAGUGGGUGGCGGAGGUGGUGGAGGAGCUGAAGGCCUGCGGCUUUGUCAAGCAAUCUAUGGAGAAGCACGGCGUGAACGAGAAGCUGCUAGUGUCCCCAGGCUCAGCCCCUUGACGACAAGCCUCAGAAUCUCGAUGCUGGAGCUGGAGAUGUGAGAAGCUGCCUGCGGAGAAGCUCGGCGGUAUGACGUGCCCACGUGUCACAUCGCGUGAGCGCGCCUGGAGCCUCAAGGUGAAUUCCGCGCCCAGAUCUGCGAGGCAACGCGCGCCCGCGGAUAGGAUCCAAAGCCCUUCCUCGAACUAAGCCCCC